AUGAGCGGCCUCGACGCGCCCGAGAUCGCGGCAGCGUACGAGGCGGUGCGCAGCGACAAGGACGCCACCAACUGGCUGCUCGUCUCGCACGCGACCGCCACGGGCAGCCAGCUGGCGCUCAGCAAGACGGGCACGGGGGGCAUCGCGGAGCUGUCGGGGGCGCUCGACGACGCGCAGGUGCAGUACGGGUACGCGCGGGUCGAGUACGCCAACGACAAGGAGAGCACGCGCGUCAAGUUUGUGCUCGUCGUGUGGAUCGGCGAGGGCACCAAAGUGAUGCGCAAGGCGCGCGUCAGCGUCGAGAGCGGCGACGUGAAGCGCGCGCUGCCGCACCACAGCAUCGCCGUGACGGCGAGCGACCGCGCGGACCUGGACGAGGGGGACCUGGUGGCGAGGCUGCGCAAGGCGGGGGGCGCCGACUACAACGGGGGACGGGGUUGA